AUGGAUUCCUGUCUAGUAAUAACCAGUUAUUUGUUGCAAAUCUCUUGUAAUUCUGAAGAAGAGGUGGAAAGCCCAUUUCCUUCUCUAACAUCAGUAGAACUUCUGAAGCCACGCGGUACAAAGUUGAAACGUUUGAGGGAUUCGCAAAACCUCCUUGAAGUGAGCCCUGAUAUCCCAAAUAAUUCUUGUAGCUUUCAAUCCUCGCCGACUGAUAAGAUUAUGAAAUUUGAAAAAGCACGGCUGGUUCAAUUAAAGUCCAAGAAGGCAGAUGUUCUCUCCAGUGUAAAAGGUUGCUUUAGAGGUCAAUGCGGUGUAUCUUCCAAAGUUGCUCAAGACUUGGAACUUGCACUGUUAGUUCAAGCUGCAGCUGAGAAAGUUGAAGAUGAAAAGUUUGUUUACGCCAGAAAAUUGCUGAAUAUGUGCGAUGUCUUAGCUUCUAAAACUGAUAAUUCUGUUCAAAGGGUUGUAUACUACUUUGCUAAAGCACUUAACGAGAGAAUUGAUCAAGAGUGGGGAAUAAUUUCAUCAGACAAACUUAAAAGGUCAAGAAUGGUUGCCAAUGAUUUUGAAAUUGAUAAUGGUUCGCAGUGGACACUGAUUAUGGAAGCUUUUGCUGUCCGUCAUGAAUGUCCUCUUGAACUUCUCAAGAUUACUGCCGCUGGAACCUGUGAAGAAACCAUGAAAAAGACUGUUGCGUCAGACCUCAAGGACCUCAAGGAAGAAUUCUUUGAUUUAGAGGCUAAUGAAGCUGUAGCAAUUGACUUGGCAUGCCAGCUUUGGUCACUGUUAGCAUGGCCUAAUCAUUUAGAAGCCUUGAUGGCAGUGAUCCAGAAUCCCAAGCCAUGUUUUCUCGUGCUCAAGGAAGUGGAGGUCUGUACAAAUGCACCAAAUUUCCUGGAACUUUUCAAAGAAACACUCCUCUUUAUCAGCGGGCUAAUUGAUUCCAUGAAUUCUUGUAUGGAAAAGCACAUCCUGUAUAGAAAACCGGUAGAAGAAGUUCACUGGUGGGGGAUGAUUCAUGAUGUUCUCACAGCUGAAGGUACAGAGAGGACUCUGAGACAUGAAAGAAUUGGUUUCUGGAGAUUCCUUUUCAAAAAGUUCGGUUUUGUGGAAUCAGAUCUCAGCCAAACAUCAAUAUUGCAAGCAAAUUUGACACUUAAAAGGUCUGAUCAGUUAAGGCCUGGUACUUCGGUUAUGGAUGGGAAAUCUCUGAUCUUCAGAUGGAACGAAACCUCAUUUCAAUCUAUCUCUGCAUGGGAGUUCCCCUCUGAUUAA